AUGGACGGCGUGAAGGAGGCGAUCGAUACGUUUUUGUUGUAUGACUUUUUCGUCAUCUUGUUCAUCCUGGCGUGGCUCGUCGUCGGCGUCGGGGUGCGGUUGAGCAAAGGGAACGGGCUGUCGUACGAUGAACCGUUUUUGGGGACGUGGUUAUUUUUGUGGCCGUUUUUGUUUCAGCCUUUGCUCGGGGUGCACAUGCUGGCGACGCUGGUGUCGCCGGCGGUGGGGUGGGCGGCGAAACGCGGCAUCGUAUCUGAAGACGCGUGGCGGUAG